AUGAACAGUCUAAAGGCAAUUGAAAUUUACAUGAUCUGUCAUCAUUAUUUAGAGCUGUUUACACAUAUCGAAGGAUUUAAGGAAAUAGAAUCAAAGGUUGAAAUAAUUCAUAGAUUUGCCUCUAUAAUUGAUAAGCUGACAGACUCAUUUCAGUUAUCCAAAUUAGGAGACAUUGAGGUUGAAUUGUUUCAAGUGUUAAUUGAUUAUCAGAAAGUGGUUGGAGAAAAGAAAGCAACACCAAACUUUCAUAUUUGUACUGAGUUAGUCAAUUCUUGUAGAAUGUACGGCCCUCUUGGUGUAAAUUCUGCUUUUAUUGGAGAAGGACUCAAUUUCACACUCUCAAAGACUUACGUUUGUUCAAAUUCUGCUCGAUAUUCAAUCAUGUACUUUGAUAUGUGCCAAUUAUGUGAUUUAAUGGAUUUAAAUGAACCUCUUAUUGCCUCUGAAUGUAUAGUUGGUCACUACGUUGUAAGAAAGGAAUUAGAUUGUAUCAAGGAUAUCAAAACGAACGAAGUUUUCAAAGUGGCAUCUUUCUCAAAAGAUUUUAAUGAGAUUACCUUAAUUUCCAACACCACCAAUAAGACAAGGGAGAUUAGUAGAAGUGAAGCAUUUGAAAUGCUCCCAUGUGUUGUUGUCAAACUCCCUGAUGAAGAGAAAUAUAUUCCUGUGCAUUAUUAUGCAUAUCAAAACUUUUAA